AUGAGCUGCCCCUCCAACGGAGUCAAACCCAUCGCCUUACUCUCCGUAUCGAACAAGACUGGCUUGAUCGACAUUGCAAAGGGUCUCCACCAAGCUGGGCUCAGAUUGAUUGGCAGCGGAGGUACCGCAAAGGCCGUCCGGGACGCUGGCCUUCCUAUCAGUGAUGUCUCUGAAAUCACCGGGGCUCCAGAGAUGCUGGGCGGACGUGUCAAGACUCUCCACCCAGUUGUUCAUGGUGGCAUCUUAUCCCGACAGACACCGAAUGACCUCGCUGAUCUGGCUGCCCAAUCUAUCCAUCCGAUCAGUGUCGUGGUCUGCAACCUCUAUCCAUUCAGCGAAUGCAUCUCCAAGACUCCCCCGCCGACUAUCGAACAAGCCGUCGAGGAAGUGGACAUCGGGGGCGUGACUCUCUUGAGAGCUGCGGCCAAAAAUCACGAACGAGUCUCCAUUCUUUGCGAUCCCGAAGAUUACUCGACUUUUCUUCAACAAUGUCAGCCAAACGGUAUCACUGGUGUCAAGGAGUCCUUCAGGAAAUCUCUUGCUGUCAAGGCUUUUUCAAUGACCGCAGCUUACGAUGCCACCAUAUCUACUUACUUUCGUACAAAAUACAACUCUGCGGACUCGAUUGCCACCGCUCCACUAGAAAACAAAAAUGAACUACGUCAACGAGCCCAACAACUCUCCUUGCGCUACGGAGCCAACCCCCAUCAAGCUCCAGCACAGGCCUACGUGACCGAGGGACGACUGCCCUUCUCGGUCCUCUCGGGUUCACCGGGGUACAUCAACCUACUGGACGCCCUGAAUUCGUUUGCGCUGGUGCGAGAGCUUUCGGAGGCCUUCCAGCCCCCGAUCCCCGCAGCAGCCUCGUUCAAGCAUGUCUCCCCAGCGGGUGUAGCAGUCGGGACGAGCGAGCCGCUGACAGACGUCGAGAUCCAGGUCUUCGGGGUCGAUGGGAUCCAGGACUUGAGCCCACUGGCCAAGGCAUAUGCGCGAGCUCGUGGCGCCGAUCGGAUGUCCUCCUUCGGCGACUUCUUGGCCCUCUCCCACACCUGCGACGUCUCCACCGCUAAAAUCAUCUCCCGCGAGGUCUCCGAUGGCGUCGUCGCUCCUGGGUAUGAGCCCGAGGCUUUAGAGAUCCUCAGGAAGAAAAAGGGCGGCAAGUAUUGCGUCCUCCAAAUGGAUCCCAGCUUCCAGCCCGGACUGAUUGAACGAAGACAAGUCUACGGAAUCACCCUAGAACAACGCCGAAACGACGUCAGGAUCACACCGGACCUAUUCAAAGAUAUCGUUACUGAAGCUAAAGACAUACCUGCGUCGGCCAUUACCGACUUGAUCGUCGCGACGCUCUCAUUGAAGUACACCCAAUCGAACUCAGUGGCUUAUGCGUUCAGAGGAGGGAUCAUCGGAUUAGGAGCCGGCCAACAGUCGCGGAUCCAUUGCACCCGUCUGGCAGGGACCAAGGCGGAUCUUUGGUGGCUCCGACACCACCCCAAGGUGUUGGGAAUGAAGUUCAAGCCGACGACGAAGCGGGCAGACAAAGCGAAUGCGAUCGACCUGUAUCUGACCGAUGCGGUCUGGGAGGACGAUGAGGAGGAGGGAGAGGGAGAGAAGAGCACGGAACGUAAGGAAUGGGAAGCGAUCUUCGAGGAAGUCCCCGUCCGACUCUCCAAGGCUGAACGGAAAGAAUGGAUGGCCAAGCUCGACGGCGUCGCCCUCGGAAGCGACGCCUUCUUCCCGUUCACUGAUAACGUCAGGAGGGCCGCUAAGAGCGGUGUCAAGUACAUCGCCGCGCCCGGAGGUAGCGUCAUGGACCCUGCCGUCUUCAAGGCCGCCGAUGAGGCUAAAAUGGUCUACUGCAAAACCGCUCUCAGAUUGUUUCAUCAUUGA